GAGUUCACCAGCAGGGGACAGGAGAUAUCCAGGUUUCUGUAGCUUGGGGACGGUACAGCUCCGGUUACCGUCGCCCUGUGCUCUCGGUAGCCUCGCUGGCGGCUUGUAGCGAAGGCUCUUUGUUGUCGGUUCUGUCUGCCGAUGGCUGGCUCGGUGCAGGAACACAGUGUGUCACUGGUCUUUGUGAACGAGGAUCAGAAAGGAGGGUUCCAGUUCGCUCACUCCCCGGAGAGCCAACAGCCCCUUAAACUGGAAAUGAAAGCAGAGGAGGAAGGAGCGGCUCUGCGUCUGAUUGACCGAAAUGGAGCUUGCGUAUUCAAGUGUUCCAUGAACCAGGAGACGGAAAGUUGUCGCGUGGGGAAACAGACCUUUCUCAUUACAGUGGGAUGCAGCAGUGUGCUACUUCAGUUUCAGUCAAUAAAUGAGUUUUUUACUUUUUACAAUUCCUUAAACAUGUUUAAAAACUCCAAUAAAGCUUGUUCAGCAUUUAGCCAACGAACAGAAGAUGCAUCUGCAAUACAGUAUUUCCAGUUUUAUGGUUGUUUAUCACAACAACAGAAUAUGAUGCAAGACUAUAUAAAGACAGCUACUUAUCAAAAGGCAAUGCUUCAGAAUCAUGAUGAUUUUAAUGGUAAGGUUGUUCUUGAUGUGGGGUGUGGGUCAGGAAUCCUCUCGUUUUUCGCAGUUCAAGCAGGAGCUAGGAAAGUCUACGCUGUGGAGGCCAGCUCAAUGUCAAAAUAUGCAGAGAUUCUAGUGAGAAGUAACAAUCUUUCAGAACGGGUAAUGGUCCUGGAAGGGAAGAUCGAGGAAAUUACUAUUCCCGAGAAAGUGGACAUCAUUAUUUCAGAACCUAUGGGAUAUUUGUUAUUUAAUGAGAGGAUGCUCGAAAGCUACCUCCAUGCAAAGAAGUGGUUGAAACCAAAUGGGAUGAUGUUUCCUACUUUUGGUGAUGUUCAUCUUGCUCCGUUUUCUGAUGAGCAGCUUUACAUGGAACACUACACAAGGGCAAAUUUCUGGUACCAGCAGUGUUUCCAUGGGAUUAAUCUGACUGGGCUUUGCAGUGCAGCUAUGGAAGAGUACUUCAGUCAGCCAAUCGUAGAUACCUUUGAUGUUGUCAUUCUGAUGGCACGGUCUGUCAAGUACACAGUGAAUUUCCUGCAGUCUGAUGAGGAUGAUUUGCAUCGAAUGGAGAUCCCCUUCGUCUUCCAAAUUCUUCAGUCUGGACCUGUCCAUGGCUUAGCAUUUUGGUUUGAUGUGGCAUUUGUGGGUACACAAAAAACAGUCUGGCUGUCGACAUCUCCUGCUGAACCCCUCACCCACUGGUAUCAAGUGCGAUGCCUCCUACAAACACCACUGAUCGCCAAAGAAGGUGAAACAUUUUCAGGGAAGGUCUUAUUCGUGGCCAAUAAACGACAAAGCUAUGAUAUUCACAUUAUGGGUAUGGUGGACCAAACUGGCUUCAAGUCUGGAAACCUCCUUGACUUAAAAAAUCCUUUUUUCAGUUUUUAUGAAUGAAUCCUUGUGAAAAAUCCCUCUCUAAACUGACACCAGCAUAUCUACCAACAAGAUACUCAGGUGACCCGUAGGAGCAGGACUGCAAUGCAACAACUAGACUCAGAUGUUUUUGUGAUGCCUCCAAGUUGCAUUAACCCCUCUUAUAGAACAUUUUAACAAUUUGUUUUAAAGAAUAAAUGAACACACAUUGUGUGAAUUGACAUAGUUUCUCUGCGCUCAUGUGAAAUAUCAAAUAACGUCUGAAAUCUUCAAUCAAAAGCAGCCAACCAAACCAUCUGUCGACAACUGCAAAGCAGAGAAAUAAUGUAAUAAUCAUGUAGAUAUUUAUAAUUGUAGCCAUGUUCAUGUGCCUGUGCAUGUAGACAGUGGUUGGUACCCAUAGAAGUUCAGAUCUGAUCAAAAAUAUUAUGUAAAAAAGGGCAGUCUUAACAAGCCGGACAGUAAUGUAACAAUUUUAUUUCAACUUUCAUAAUAAUAGAUAAAUUAUAUUGAGAAAAUGUCUUAGAGCAAAAAUCAUGAUAAUCGAAUAUUUAAUAGGUAUGGCUUAUUUAUAUCUUUGCAUUCUAUGUAAUAUAUUGGACAUUUGUAGCUAUAUUACAGUGGAAAAUAUGUGCUGUAUAGCUCUUAGUGUAGAAUUAUUAACUUUAAUAAUUAACUUUACACUCGAUAAAAUUGGGGAUGUCACUGCAAGGAGAUGCGACAUCUUUUGUCAUCCAGUGCAACAAACUUAUUCCUGGGUUGGAUGCUAUAGAGUAAAUGUACUGUUUCCCAACAAUGAACAACAACCUGAAGGUCAGAGGAGUACCAGCUAGAAACCAAACCAGGAUAACACAGCAUGGGGCUGAAUGAACACAGGAGGCCAAGCAGCAUCUUAGGAGCACAAAAGCUGACGUUUUGGGCCUAGACCCUUCAUCAGAAAACCUUUCUUGCAGUAUGCUUAACUAAGACGGCUAGUUUAGUCCUAACUUUUGCCAGGUUAUGGGUGAUUUUAUCAUGGCACCUGUCUGAGACAGCCAUGAGAAGAGAAAGACCAAUCUGCUACCAAACUCUGUAUCAUAUUGUUGAUGCUCUUUAUUAUUAUUAUUUUCAAAAGCUGUUCAAACGUUACCAGUUCACCCACUUCCAAAUCAAAGCAAUCAGUCAAAUUUAUUGUUAUUUUUCUUAGACUGUAUUUGUAAAAGGAAAUCAUGACUUCAAGCUAAUAAUUUGAAGUCAGUAUUGAUGAAUGAGAUUUUGAGAAUAUUGGACGUGUUCUGUUUAAUUUUGCAGAGAUGCCUAGAAACCAUACUUUGUAAUGCUUUGUAAUUCAUACAGCCAAAACAAGGUCAUGAGACAUCUGCAAGGUCCCAGACCUAAAAGACUCCAGGCCAAGUGCUAGUUCUGAUGGUGCGCAUGUAAGGGUAUAGAAGAUCUGCUGGGUUUUCCUUCCAAAGGAUUAUUCCCCUUGUUUUCUACUGAAAUUCAUUCCGCUUUACAAUCUGAGUUUCCUAGAAUAUCAGCAUGUUGAAAGAAAGUUAUUCAGACUUUGCAACUUGUUGUAUAUGGACUCAAAGUAUAGAAUUUAAAGGAGAUAUUUUCUCAUGUGUAGGACAAAAAUUGUUAGAGUGGAAACUAAACUCUUGCAUGUAGACACUUAUGUUUCUUGGACUAUUUAAAGAAUGGAGGAUCACAGUUAUGACUGAAGCCAGUAGACAUGGAUAAAUGCAGCAGGAGUCGGUCAAACUAAUAUAAUCACUUCUGUAACAAACCUUUGUUAGUGGCAGGCCAGCACCCGACUGCUUACUGAAUAACAUUGGGUGAUAUCAGUAACGUAACAUCUCAUUUGAACUGAAUGAUAUGUGAGAAAGCUACCUCAUACCAAUGGCUUUUGCUUGUAUCAUCUAACAGAAAGAAAAUAAAU